CCCACCCAUAUGCACCGCAGGGAAUGCACUAUGCAGGGAUUCCUGAGAGAGUCAUUGUGCCGCUCGGGGCUUUCCCGGUUCCCCUCAGUCUUCGAGAGGCAAUCGUCGCGCAUAUGACGAAUCGAUGCCACGCAACGAAUAAGUUAAGAUCGGAUCCAACUGGAAUAUCGGUGCAUUCGCUGACGAAAAGGACGAGUGAGAGUGCUAAAUCCGUUUUAACGAGCAUUAAGAACAUCGGACAGAUGGAGAAUAAGAAAACGAAACCGGCCAAGAAGGUUCAUGCCAACGCGAUCGAAUCGAACGACCAGUAUGCAGCCUCGUACUUAAAAACCGGCAGCACCAGCGGUGUGAUGUAUCAGAUGAAGUUGUUAACCUGGGUCACAUGGAGGCUGAUGUGCCAGAACGAUCCAAAAAUCAGCAAUUGGCGGUUGGCUACGGAAGUAGCGAAUGCGCGUGGAUUUCACGAUUUGGUUUUGAAAUACACUACUAAUGAUACACUGAAGGGAGACGGAAGCACCUCCGAUCAAAAAUAUAUGUAUCGUUUCAUACAGAUCAAGCACAAGAGGUCCUUACAGAAGAACUCCAAUAUAAAUGCUAACUAUUUGACAUCCCAGAAUAAGUUGCAUCGUCUGGGCAGUCUGUUUUAUUUAUUCAAAUCCUACAUAAACAUGGUCUACAGCUACGAGAAGAUUACGCCUGAUCAAAUCGUGGAUCUAACGAUUUUUACAAACAUGACUAUGAGUGGAUUUAAGUUCUUGGUGCCAGUAGAGAAUGAUAAACUUUACAGUUUCGAGGGGAAGGGCAUAAGAUAUCGCAUUGACAUAAACGUAUUAAAAAAGGAGCCAGGAGUAAUGAUAGGCUUGUAUGGCAUUAUGAAUAAACAUAUUGGCUUUAUGAAAAAAAAUGGCAUAGCACUAGACGACAAUUUUAUACGUGGCUUUUUGAGAAAGUUGGUGUUCAUGGUACACCAGCCCUCCGAGUUCGAGUUGGAGGAAAUGAUCAUCGCGGAGAUGGGCAAGACUUUUAACACGCCGCAAAUUUUCUACGACAACUUAUACAGAAAUAUGAUCAAAUGGUUUCUCAUUUACGAGAAAAAAGACGGUGGCGGUACAGCGCCGUAUCUCACCGACGACUACGUAAUGAAGCACCUGAAGGAAACGCAGGAUCUCCUGUGGAAGGCGAAGAAGGAGGAAAUACUUGUCGAUACAGUUUCGACGUUGGCGGAUAAAUUGAAAUCGUUAUCUCUGUAAAGAGAUACAAUUCUCUCUCUUCGUUUGCACGCUCGUUCCUUUUAGAUAAUAUAAAGUAUAAUGCUUUACUUUUACGAUUUAUUAAAAGAAUGCGACUGAAGAAAAUUUUUUUAAUGUCUUGCGCAUCGUUUUGAUGUGUAGUUUGUCAAUGGUGAUAUAAGUCUUAAGUUUUACACUACAAACAUUGUUUUUUUAGUAAAAUGAUAUAUACAAGACUUAUGUAUUAUAGCCAUAAGUAUAAAGCACACUCAAUUUAUUGCUUUUUCUGGGAAAAUAAUUUUCUAAUAAAAGUCAAAGGAAAACUACUAAAAUAUUAAAAUUGUUAUAAAAACUAUUUUUUAAUUAAACUUUUUAAAAUUUCUUUUUGCUAAAUACAGAAUUUACGUCAGUUUGUGGGGGUGCUUUAAACUUAUGGCCAAAGCUGUAUUUAUAAUAUCAAAUAAUAGUUUUAAUAAAAAAAAGAACAUACAAGAAUUUUAUAGUGUACAGAUAUGCAGUAUCAUGUCGGCAAUAUUAUAAAAUAGCAAAUCAGCGUCUAUUAGAUACAUGUUCAAUUGAAUUGAUUUUUGCCGAGUAGAUAUCAUGUGUAUCGCACAUAAAAAUUUAUUUUUAAUUUCACCAAUGCCAAUUUAAACUCUAAGAACUAUAAAAUAUAAUAGUAAUAUAAUAUAAAUUAUUUUAAAAACUUAAAACUAUAGUAAUUUUAAUUUUUUUAAUUUUUAAUUAAAUCUUUUUCUUAUUAUCUUUUUAAGAAUUCAAUUGCAUGAUUUAAUAAUUGAACUACAGAUUGCAGAACGUUUACUUUGCGAAUUUAUACGAUAAAUCGAAGGGAUUUUUUGUUAUAUUCAAGAAGUUAAAUAAGAAUAAUUGUUCGAUAGUGACAAGGCCUUAGUAUAUGUUCUAAGGACAAGGCAUAAAAGGAAAUAAAAGAUGAUCAUACAUUGAUUCCAUUGCA